AUGCCUUCUCCAAAGCAGGCAAGUUGUGUAGUGAAAAAGGUUUUUGAUGCUAGGAAAUGGUGGAACAUAAAUGUCGACUGGAGGGGAGCUAUGGACCAGUUUGUCACAAAUGGCAAGUAUAGUAUUAAAAAGACCUACGGGUACUUCUUUCCUCAAUACCCAAAUGUGACCUGGAGAAAGCUCAUUCUGAUAAAGGGGUUGAUACCGCAACAUCAGUUCAUUCUAUGGCUGGCAUUGCACAACAAGCUCUCUACGGUGGACAGUUUAACGAAAUGGAAUAUCCAGGUCUCAACAGACUGUGUAAUGUGCUCAUCUGGCCUGGAGGAAACUCACUCACAUCUCCUUUUUGAUUGUUUAUACUCCAAAUUCAUAUGGAGUACACUUUUGAUGUGGAUGGAUUAUACCAGAACUAUUGGCAGUUGGAAUGAAGAAGUAAGGUGGUUGUCUUCUUUGAUCAGACAGACAAAGGCCAAAACUUUCAUGCUGGGCUUCCUAUUUGCUGCUACUGUCUGUGUUGUUUGGAUUGAAAGGAAUAAUAGGAGGCUUAACCAGCUUGAAAGAAGACCACAAAAGAUAGUACGCGAGAUUGUCUUACAACUGCAUAUUGUGGGGCAAAAACAUGGCAAGUGGACUAGCAUCUUAGGGAGGCUCAAUAGUUUUCCAUGUUAG